GAAGUCGUGGGACUGAAGCAUGUGGAAGUACUAGUGGCAGCUGGGGGACUCAUCUCUGAUUGUACCUGGAUAGUGAAAACACUUGGGCGAGCAGCCAGGCUGCUUCCACUGCAAUCUUUGGUAACAGUGUUUACAGAGCGCCUGUACAGUCUGGGGAAGUGAUGGGAGGGUAAACCCAGAGUUGACACAAGAGGAAAUCAUUCCACCUUAUCUUAAGCCAGGGAUAUUAGGAUAUUGUAGCUAGAAUUGCGAUUCACUGGCUGAUGCUUGUUGAGACAUACUGGUUCUCUUCUGGUCUGGCAUCAAUGGAAGUGAAGGAGGCUGUUAUUGCGACUAUUCAGAAUAUUGAGACUGACGUAAAAGUUUUAAGUUUGGAAGGUCAGGACAACUUCAAGGAAUAGUGUGAAGUGUUUAAUCCAUAGUGGACACUGCGUGGGAUGGGCUGUUUGUGUGAGAUGUACCACAGUCGCCACAUGGGCCUGGAUUAAGCAGCUGGGGUGUGAUGGCAUGGAAAUGGACACAUGAUUGGAUUAUUCUCCGAGUUCACCUGGGUGAUGCUGAGGCGAGUGUCGAGGUUCCUGUCACCCCUGAUUCUACUGGUCAAGAUGUCAUCGACUGCGUCCGGGACCCAAGUGUGCAAGACUGCCACCUAGUGGAGAGAUGGAAGAACUAUGAGCGGGAGAUCAACCCAGAGGAGAACAUCUCCAUCUUGCUGGAGGCUCAUGGCACGGAGGAAGAGGAGGUGAAGAUCUUCCUCCAGUACGGCAAUGAUGGCAUAACAGACCCAGCAGACAACAGGAAAUAUGGCAGCCCCCAUUCCUCUGCCAGCAGCAGUCCCGUCCCUGUACGAGGCAGUCCCCUUGUUGGGCGAAGAGCUCAACUACGACGAGGACGUGAAAGUGCAGCAGCCGCAGCACAAAGCAGAUCAGCCAUGCUGCCAGGUGGGAUGGACCUGACGCUGACAGAGCUGCAGGAGAUGGCGUCACGGCAGCAGCAGCAGAUCGAGAGUCAGCAGCAGGUCCUGGUGGCCAAGGAGCAGCGACUCAAGUACCUCAAACAGCAGGAGCAGCGACACUCACACCUCAGCGCGGAACAGGAUCGUCUCCGCCGGCUGCGGGAGAAGGUGGAGACGCAGGAGCUGAAGCUGAAGAAGUUGCGGGCGUUGCGAGGACAGGUGGAACAACACAAGGCCUCAAAUGGAAACCUCAAUUCGGAGCUGGAUUCCGUGAAAGCUCUGUUCAAUGAGAAGGAGAAGGAGCUGACAAUGGCUGUUGCCAAGGUGGAGCAGUUGACCCGACAACUGGAGGACAUACGCACUGGAAAGAUUAAUGGAAUUAAUGGGGACACUCAAACAGCUGCAGUACUGGAACUGGAAAAACUUCGCAAAGAGCUUCUACAACGGAACAAAGUGAAUGAGCACCAGAACAACCGUCUGUCUGCCCAGCGUGAGAUGCUGCAGCACAAGAAGGAUGAGAUGAAGCAGAUGGACUUCCGCAUCCAGGAGCUGCAGCAACGCAUCAAGAAGAAGCGGUCUCAGCAGCAGACCGACAACAAGAACAUGGUGAACAAGAACAGACCCGGCACCAACAUCGCCGCCGUGGAACCCUACAUCCAAGUCGCUCCCAAAGACAAGGAGGACAUGUACCAGAAAGCUGGAUUUGAGAAGAAGGAUCCAAAGUACAUGACGCCUACCAACACCAAAUACCCACAUGUUGAGAAUAAGAAUAUGGAGGACUUUCCCAUGAAGCCAACCAAUCAGGGUAAAGAACUGAACAACAACGGUAGGGAGAAUUCUCAAAGUAGGGAGAAUUCAGUGGCCAAAUCUGCAAACAAUCAAAAUGUGAGUGACAGUAAAUCUGGGAACCAGAAUGUGCCUGCCUCAACUUCCAAUCAGUCUGCUCCACAAGCUGGUCCUGGGAGAAUCAGUGUUGCAAAUAUUGCAGCCAAGUUCUCUGCCCGGCCGUACGGUUCGACGUUCAGCCCGUCUGUGUUACCUGGGAGGGUUACUGCUGCCCCGAUCCAGCAACAACCAGUUAUAAGUAUUACAGAGGAGGAACGACAGGCAGGCAGUGGGCAGAGUUCACCAGCAUCAAGUGACAGCUCUCAGAACUCGCCCAGCACAAACAAGCCAAAAGUGCUGGCCAGGAUUCCCCAAUCACAAACAAACACCACCUACCCAGGGAGAGUCCCUUCACAAUCUCCACAGAAUGAUGCCAAGACUGUUCCUCAGCAGCAACAGCCUGGUCAACCUCCUCCAGUAUCGUCCCGAACUGCUCCUCAUCCGGCGGUGAGAGGUGCCGUGACAGACAGAUCUUCCCCCAGUCAGUCUCCACAACAGAACUCCCCCAGGAAUGGGUCCGACAACUCUCUUGAUGUUACAGAUUCUGGCAAAACACUGUUCGACUCUCCCAUCCCGGAUAAACCUCAGCCUCAAGCGACUUCGACCCCAGUGACAAACACUCCCGCGACUCAGCCUACUGUAAGCACCAGCCAGGCAGGAGCGGCCAAACCGACGUACAGAUACGCGACCAAGAAUGCCAUCAUGAACACAUACAUGGGCAGACUGGGGUCGUCUGCUAUGCAGAAGUAUCAACAGAAUCUGGAUGCUCUGUACAAGAAUGCAGACGGUAAAAGUAACCAAGAUAAACCUGAUGAUACUUUACCAUCUGGGGGGAAUCCCGGCCUGGAACAACGAACAGCAUUUAAUCAACCAUCUUCUGGCGACUCCAACAAUGGAGCAAAAACUCAUACUCAUUUCGGACUUGUGGGCUUGCCACAGUAUCAGAGCAUAGCCUCAGAUAAGGGUAGUUAUAGGCUGAACACCCCUAAACACAUACGACGGAAGCAGUCGGACAGUGAGAAUGAAGACCUUAGUAAAUUACUGCACGGAGGGUAUGAUCGACAAGGGGCAAAUCAGAAGAUUAACAGUGGUGUUAACAGUGGUAAUCAUCAAUCAAGUGCCUUGGACGCUGUUAAACAGUUGGACAGUAAUAGUGCUACUUCUAACUCUAAGGGAGGUAACUCUCCUUCACUUUCGGACUCUUCUCGUCCUCCUCAGCCGCCAAGUGAUGGUGUUGUGAGGAGGAAGAAGACAAAUUUGAAGAAGGAUAAGUCUCGGAAAUCUGGGAACCGUGUGAGUUUCGACCCCCUGGCACUUCUCUUGGAUGCAUCGUUAGAGGGAGAAAUCGAACUGGUCAGGAGGACUGCACGAGAGGUUACCGAUGUGAGUGCUCCCAAUGAUGAAGGGAUCACUGCUCUCCACAACGCCAUCUGCGCAGGACAUUAUGAGAUCGUUGUUUUCCUCGUAGAGUUUGGAUGUGAUGUCAACUCACCAGAUAGUGACGGAUGGACACCUCUACACUGCGCAGCUUCCUGCAAUAACCUCCCAAUGGUCAAGUUCCUCGUCGAACAUGGAGCAUGUAUAUUUGCCACGACGAUCAGCGACCACGAGACGGCCGCCGAGAAGUGUGAAGAAGACGAGGAUGGCUAUGAUGGCUGCUCAGAUUACCUCUACAGCAUCCAAGAGAAGCUAGGCAUCAUGAACAAUGGGGAAGUGUAUUCAGUUUUCGAUUACGACUCGUCCAACUCGGACGAGCUAAGCUUUAAGAUUGGUGACAAGAUCACCAUCCUGCGGAAGGGCGAUGAGCGUGAGAAGGAAUGGUGGUGGGCUCGUCGAAAUGACAAGGAGGGAUAUGUCCCAAGAAACCUACUUGGGAUGUAUGCUCGGGUGAUGCCACCAAAAUGAUUUAGGGUAGUGCAAGCAAUAGAAGAUGUGGGGGUGUUGCCGAGUUGACCAUGUUGCAGCAUUCCAUGUGUGUGGUAGUCUAGACAGGCUACAGUUUGUGCAAUAAAGGACCCUGACAAGAUUAUUUUGAUAUAUAUUUAAGAGUAGAGCCUAGCUUGCACCAGCUAGUCUGACUGAGAGUGCUAGAACUAUCCUUUGUAUGUGUGUAGCUGUGAAAAAGGAAUGGACUUGUUCAGUAUGCAACGUGGAUGAAGCCUCAGGGAGCGGCCAUUUUGGACAAGGGUUCAUGGGAAGUGAUUGAUGCACAAAUUUCCCAGACAUUUUAAGUGGUGAUGAUAUUUUGUAGAAUAUAACGGAUCACCAGAACAGAUUAUUUGAACAAUAUACAGAUUAAACACACUGUUGUACAUCAAACGAGAAGCUUGAAUAUGGUUUGAAUAUACGUAAACUUCGACCAUAUCAUGUUCAUUCUUGUCACAUCCAAUGUAUUGGAUUACUUAAAUGAUAUUAUCAAGAAUGUGUGUUUUGUCAUGUGAUGUACUAUGUAUCACAAUUUUGUACAGAAAUUCUAACACAUAAAUCUGUCUAUGCAAUUCGCCUUGGAUAUUACCGUCCAAACAUCCUGUAAAUGGCAAAUACUAUGAAAUAUGAAAGCAAUCAAAUUGUACAGAAUUAUUUAAAAAGAGAUUCUAUCCAAUGAAAUGAUUCAGUCUGAUUAAAAUGCACUUAAAUCAACUA